GAGGCGGCUGAGCGAGGGACGCGCGGGCAGAGCCGGAGACGCCACUGGGCCCGGCCUAACGCAGACCGCCUGCCGGCUUGGAGUCCGUCCUCCCCGCGCGUUAGCCUCGGCCCCUGGUUGCCCUGGGCAACGGGUCCGAGGCCUCCGGGCCCCCAUUGGUCCGGCAGCUGUCAGGGCGACCAAUUCCCAGCUGGCUCUGCCUUCGGAGCCCGCCCCGUAGGGCUCACCACGCGCUGCUAUUGGCUCUUCCGUUGCCAGGAGCAACGGCGUCCUUUCCGUCGCUACGGGAGUUGGGGGGCCCGCUGCUCUCUCCCAUUGGCCGCAAGUCGGGCUCCGCGCGCCUCCAUUGACCCGUUGGUUGGAAGGGGCGGGUCCGGAGGGGAGAAGCGUCUUUGGGGGCGCAAAGGGGAGCUCGAGCCUGGCCGGAGCGCCCCGGGUGAAGGGCUGGGGAGGGGAGUUUGGGGGCGAAGGGGGGCGCACAGAAGCAAAGGCUUCCAGGGCCCGCUCCCCGGCUACCGGGGCUCAGUCUAUCGGUUCCCUCUCAGUUGGAGGAGCGGGACGGCGGCGGGGCCUGAGCGGCAGGACGCGGCAGGCUCGGCCUCCUAGGAGACGCUUGGAGAUCCUUGCUUAGCCUCGGAGCCGCCCCGAAGGUCGAUGACGACGGUGACCGGCUCGGGGGAGGGCUUUGGCUCCGUGGCCUGGUGGGGCCUGUCCCCGGCGCUGGAUCUGCAGGCGGAAUGUCCGCCCGAUGCCCCCAGCCCCGGGGACCCCCAGGAACUCGACAUCCUUCUCCUGGGCUCGGUGGACGCGCGGCACAUCCUGCGGACCCUGGCGCAGACUCGGCGCUGGCCCCCUCGGAAGCUCAACUUCUUCGUCCUGGAGAACAACCUGGAGGCGGUGGCGCGCCAGAUUCUCAUCCUCAACCUGGCCUUCGAGCCUCCGGAGAGUAUGGGCCUUCAAGAAAAGAGCGAGACGUUCCUGGAGCUCUGGGGCAACGGGCUCGUGCGGACCCAGGUGGCCGAGUACGUUCGCGCUCAGGCGCAGCGCAUGCGCCGCCUUUUGCCCGAGCCGGAGGACCUGGCUGCUCAGCUUCCCCGGCUCAGCCUGGAAGCGCUCAAGUACCGGGAGCGGGAUUCCUUGGAGGCCGUGUUCACCUUCUGGGCGGCCUCCGAGGCCAAGGCCUCCUUCCCCCUGAGCCGCUUGUGGGAUGCUCGACUCCGCGGUUACCUGGGCUCCCGCUACGACGCCCGAAUCGGGGUCAGCGACUGGGACUUGCACAUGAAGCUGCAUGAACGAGGGGCCCGGGUCAUCAACAGCCGAGAGUUUCGUCGCUGGCGGGAAACCAGCGUGGCCUUCGAGAUUCGGGAUGCUUCGGCCUAUCAGCUCCCGAACCGGACGCUAGCGUCAGGACGCCUGAUGAGCCAUCGAGGGGAGCGCGUGGCUGUGCGAGGCUACUGGGGGGACGUGGCUACGGGGCCGUUCGUGGCCUUUGGCAUCGAGUCCGACGAUGAGAGCAUCCUGAAGAGCUGCAACGGAACCCCUGUGAAGUGCGCUGGUGAGAUCUCCCUGCACAACGUGACCUCGCUGUUUCGAAGCCUAGUGGCUGCGGAGGAGGAGGGGUCUGGGGCCGAGCCUGAGACCGAGGCGGAGGGCGGGGCCCCAGAGUCCGACCCGGCGGGCUCCAGACCUUUCCGGGUGCAUUUCCUGCCCCUGGGGGCCGCCCCGACCCUGCACCACCGAAAGCGCUACAGCAGCCGCUUCCACCUUCUCUACGUGUCCUGCGGGAUGGUCCAUCAGCUGAGCCCGGAGCUCGGGGCCUGCUUGGCUCCCGGGGGACGCUUGAUUGUGGAACUGGCCAGGUACCUUGUGGAUCUGCGGCCUAACCAGCUGGAGAGUUUCUGUGAUCGGGUCCGAGAGCUGGCUGAGGCUGCUGGCUUCGCACCGGAGUCCCACGAGGGUCCCCCCGAAACCUUCGCGCGCUUCUCUCGGAAGCCCCAGCCAGAAGGGGAGGUCCCGAGUGUCUGUCAGAAGGCCAAAGCCCCGCCCCUUGAGGAGACUAACGCAGAGAUUUUAACCCCGCCCCCUGAUCCUCAAGAGCCCGCCCCCUCUGAAAUUCAGAGCUCAUCCCAGGCUGAAGCUCCUGGAGCACUGACCCCGCCUCCUAAGGCUUCUGAGCCCGCCCCCUCUGAAAUUCAGAGCCCAUCCUCCCAAGCUGAUCCUCCUGCAGCACUGACCCCGCCUCCUGGGGCCUCUGAACCCUCCCUCUCUGAAAUUCAGAGCCCCUCUUCAAAUGCUGAUGCUCCUGGAGCACUGACCCCGCCUCCUGGGGCCUCUGAACACUCCCCCUCUGAAAUUCUGAGCCCCUCUUCCAGUGCUGAUGCUCCUGGAGCACUGACCCCGCCUCCUGGAGCCUGUGAGCCCGCCCCUUCUGAAAUUCUGAGCCCCUCUUCCAAUGCUGAUGCUUCUGGAGCACUGACCCCGCCUCCUAAGGCCUCUGAGCCCGCCCCCUCUGAAAUUCAGCCCCUCUUCCAAUGCUGAUGCUCCUGGAGCACUGACCCCGCCUCCUGGGGCCUCUGAACACUCCCCCUCUGAAAUUCUGAGCCCCUCUUCCAGUGCUGAUGCUCCUGGAGCACUGACCCCGCCUCCUGGAGCCUGUGAGCCCGCCCCUUCUGAAAUUCUGAGCCCCUCUUCCAAUGCUGAUGCUUCUGGAGCACUGACCCCGCCUCCUAAGGCUUCUGAGCCCGCCCCCUCUGAAAUUCAGAGCCCAUCCUCCCAAGCUGAUCCUCCUGCAGCACUGACCCCGCCUCCUGGGGCCUCUGAACC